UCUUGAAGCACAUAACAUUCAUACUGAAGGGUCUCCUCUGUACCGCUGUUUACUGGAGCUCAGCGCAGUUCAGUAUUUCAGCGCAGACGAAAUAAAAGAGCUUUUAUUUAUUUAAUUUAAGCAGCCCGGAGUUUAAGAGCCGCUAAAUCUGCUGACUGCACCCCUGACCUUGUUAGUUAAACGUAGCGCUGUCCUUGAGCUUGAGCUCAGGAUUAUUAAGAAGACUCUGUGCAAAGUUUCCCUGCAGUUUCCCGCAGUUUUUUUUUUUACAGCAUGUUCUCUGUGCGCUCAGUGCUCUCUAAAUCCAGACCUGUGCUGCUGCUGCAGCUGAAGCCCCAGCUCACCAGUUUCAUUCACACUAGUGCAAAAUAUAGCAGCGUUAAAGUCGCUGUGGUGCUGUCUGGAUGUGGAGUGUAUGAUGGUACAGAGAUCCAUGAGGCGUCAGCGAUCCUGGUGCACCUGAGUCGGGGAGGUGCUGAGGUGCAGAUGUUUGCUCCUGAUGUGGCUCAGAUGCAUGUGAUAGACCACGGCAAAGGGCAGCCUGCAGAGCAGGAGUCCAGAAAUGUGUUAGCUGAGUCAGCUCGCAUCGCCAGGGGCAACAUCACAGACCUGGCUAAGCUGAAGGCCAGUAACCAUGAUGCUGUCAUCUUCCCAGGAGGCUUUGGGGCUGCAAAAAACUUGUCUACGUUUGCUGUUGAUGGAACGGACUGUAAGGUGAAUAAGGAGGUGGAGCGCAUCUUAAAGGAUUUCCACAAAGCAGGAAAGCCUAUUGGGUUGUGCUGUAUCUCUCCAGUUUUGGCUGCGAAGGUGCUGCCAGGUGUGGAGGUGACUGUGGGGCAUGAGGAGGAGCAGGGGGGGAAAUGGCCGUAUGCUGGCACUGCUCAGGCCAUCACUGCAUUUGGCGCCAAACACAAGAUUAAGGAGGUUACCAUAUCCUGCUCAGCACUUACGACAUUAUGUUUAUUCAACUGAUAUAAUUUAUAGUUCAACAGUUUCAAACCAAAGUCAGUUUUAACGCCUUUGUAAAAGAAUGAAGGUGAAAACAUAGUAUACACUAAUAGCAGUAUAUAGUUGAUUACUGUAUUUUUGAUAAGGAUGCCACCAGGGCGCCUCCCUAAAGAGGUGUUCCUCCUGGCACGUCCCUCUGGGAGGAGACCACGGGGCAGACCUAGGAUCAGGUGGAGAGGUUAUAUCUCCAAUUUGGCAUGGUAACGCCUGGGGAUACCCCAGUCAAAGUUGGAUGAUGUAGCCUGGGACAGGGAAGUUUGGGGCUUAAAUGGUUCUUUGUCAGGUGAAAUGGUUGUUAAGAACCACUUAUAGAUGUUUUUAUGGAACUUUAAAAAAAAUAAGAGGCAAAAACCUAUUAGUUGUAUGUAGAACUGCUUUUGCUUGCUGUUAAGUUGAAUAUUCAAUAAAUCUACGGUAUUGUUUUUCAGUAUUCUACAGAAUAUGAAGGAUUGAAGUAGUUAGUUAGUUAGAGGUGUUAGGAGAGUAAGAACUCUUUGAAGAGCUCAGUCUUCAGGAGUUUAUUAAAGAUAGUGAGAGAUUCUCCUGAUCUGGUAGUAGAAGGUAGGUAGUUAGAGGUGUUAGGAGAGUAGGUGCUCUUUAAAGAGCUCUGUCUUUUGCUUACUGUUAAGAUGGAGAUUCAAUAUAGCUACAGGCUUAUUUUUCUUACGUAUUCUACAGAACUCUACAGAACCAUUUUUUUUGUGAGUAUGUGGUGUACUUUUUUCAAAGCUGGACCUAACCUAUACUUUGUCUAUUAAAUAUGAUUUGAGCCUUAACUCUUGACCUCACGAAGCUCACGUUGAUCCGAAGAACAAGGUCGUCACCUCUCCUGCAUUCAUGUGUGAGACGAAGCUCCACCUGAUAUUUGAUGGGAUUGGCGCCAUGGUCCGAGACGUCCUGAAGCUCACUGGAAAAUGAGGGCAGGUGGUUCAGUGAUCAGUGACUAAUUUCAGCAACCUCCACCUGCUGCACUCCUCCUGCAUUUAGACACAUGUUCAUAAAUGAUAUUUCAUAUUUAAAAAUGAAUCUGAUCUGAUCUGAUGAAAACAUUCGGCUAAUAAUCAGCAAAUGUAAUAAAAUAGUUGUAGCAUUGCAGCCUGCAUUGUGAAUGUGAAUGUUGCUUCAGUAUGGAUUGAUUUAAACGAUCUGAAAGAAAUCUGACUUCUGUUUUUAAAACAGCAGCAACUCAAUUCAGCCAAUCAGAAUUGAGAAGGCAUUAUUAAUCAAAAGCCUAUCUGUGAAAAGAGCUUGAGUGCAUUUCUGUUCAGUAUCCAGUAGAUGGUGCUCAAAUAUUAUCAGACUGACAUUGAGAAGGUGUGAACUUUGUAUUAAAAUUGUACUGCAAGAAUCCACCAGUAUUAUAAAUAAUAAUAAAUAAUUAACAAUAAUGUGACGUUACAAAUAAAAAAAUGUGGUAAGUUGUUUCUUGAUCUUGAUUGUGCAAUAUGAAUUUAAAAAAAUGUGAAUGUGAAAAGUGUCUUUUAAGAAUCUUUUAAAUUAUGGAAAAAUAAAAUGAAUAUUUCUAUUAAUCUCUUAAUUUCAAGGCUUUUUGUGACAUACUGUGUGAAAAUAAAAAAAAUGAUGUACAAAAUGAGGCCUGGUUUUCUAUAUAUGUAGAUGCAGAGGGCUUUGAAUAGUGUCUUCAGCUUUUUAAGAGUAACACUCAUGGUUUAAAAACAAAUAUCAUUCAACCCAAAUACAUAAAUAAAUAAGUAUUACAAAGUAGAUUUUUAUAAAUUACAAAUAUUAUUAACUAAAACACUUUUAAGGAUGUAUUUUACACAGCAAACUGUGGUAGACUUGUUUCCAAACCAACACUGGGCUAGGUUUGCCUUUUGUACCUACUAAUGUUGAGUAAACCCUGUAUUUAUAUCAUAUUUGUACAUAUAUGGUGAAUUAAGCAUCUAAAUAAACAAUUAGGCAUGUGCUUUAUUGUAUUGCAUUGUUGAUUAUUGUGAAUGGUAUACUCUGAAAUAUCGUGUAAUAUUUUUUCAGUUUUUUGCAAAAGAGAAAUUCACACUGUUCUUCUUUCUCGUUAUAUAUCUUCUAGAGUCAGAUUAUAUACAUCCAAUAUCAUUAAUUUUACUAUAAUCCUGGAUAUAUGGAGAUAUCUGGAGUGCAUUAUUAUUAGUAUCAUGACAUUCUGGAUCAUUAAAUUCUGUUUUUAAAAAAAUCUUGUAUGUUUUAAAUAUCUCAGUUAGGGGGUGUGUCAUAUCAUAUCGUAUGCAAUAAUAAAAUAAAAAAUUCA